AUUUAUGUGUAACAAUUAAAUUGAACUUAUAAAAGUAACUGCUGAAUAUUAAUUUUUCCCCUUGAGCGAGUCAUAAUGUGGACCGGCCAACUGAACCGAAAGGCGAAAGAAAAGCAAAAAGUAAACUCACGGAUCACGACAUCGUUUUACAUGUAUUCUUCUUACAGACAGUUAACAAAACACACAGGAAAUCAUUCGGGAGAAACUCAUUAAAAAUUUCGAGAACCAAACCCUAAUUCGUCGUCCGCCGUGUGGACUCUUCGUUCGAAUCGGCGGAGAAUUAUGCAAGAUCCUCGUAAACACCAGGUGUCGCUGCGUGGAAAGAGCGCCAAAGAAAUUACGAGGGAUGCCCUUCUGGAGAGGGUUAAUCAAGAGAGGGAACUCCGGAAUUAUACCAGGAGGGCCAAUGCAGCCGUAGUGCUCAUUCAGAGGGUUUGGAGGCGGCAUCAUGAGAUGAAAUUGGUGGCACUGCGGCUGCGGGAGGAGUGGGAAAUUAUGAUGAACAGUCGUGCUGGUCCUCUCACUGGAAAGCAGAUAGCGAGGGAAAUCUUGAGGCCGUUUCUUUUCUUUAUAAACUAUUUAUCUGUUCGACGCGGGACAAUUGGAGCCAGAGAUAGGGACUGCAUGAUGAACUGCUUCCAAAUUCUUUUGGAGGACAUAACUUCCAAAGAUGUACAUCAGAAUUUUUGCUCGAUGGUAACAGGUUGCAUUGAAGAUAGAAGGAUAUGGUUUCAACAGUCAAAGAAGAUGAUUUCUAUUUGCUUGUUUAUUUUAUCCGUGUUUGACUCCAGUCAAAGGGUUCAAAAUGCUGUUCUUACAUCAACAGCGAUGCGUUUAUCAGUUCUCUUAACUGAUCCGAAAGGUUGGAAUUGUAUUAAUGAUGAUGGACGCAAGGAUGCAAAUGCUGCAGCGAAAAAUCUAGUACAAUUUAUUGGGAGUAAAAAAAGUGGGUUAUAUAAUUGCAUUAGGAAAUUCAUUUAUAAACUGGAAGCUCCUUUUUCUUCUCAAGAGUUAGUAUCUUGUCAGAAAGAUGAUAUAUUCUUGAUAGUUGCCAGUGCAAUAACUUUGUCUUUGCGGCCCUUCCACCUAACAAACAUAGACAUGAAUGAUGGUAGCAUGACGGAGUGCGCAGUUGAGCAGUACUGCAUCUCACUACUCACGAUACCUUGGUUUCCCCAACGUUUACCCUCAAUUCUUGCACCUGCUUUGAGACACAAGUCAGUACUAUCACCGUGCCUAAGGACAUUACUGAUCUCAAAAGAGAAGAUUUUCAAGGAACUUUCUGAAGUGGAUCAGUUGGAGUUGACAUCCAAAAAGAUGCCAUGCGUUGGUUGGGCUCUUGCUAACAUUAUGUACCUUGCAACAUGGAGUCAUACUAGUGCAACCGACUCGGGAAAAUUCGUUGAAGACUUAGACCAUUCAGCCUAUCUCCAUGUAGUUAUCAUACUUGCGGAUAAACUCUUGGCUUCACUUGGAAACUUUGAACAGAUGACGAGGAAAACUGAAGAAACUCAAGUUGAUAACUAUACAUCUGCCGUAUCUGUAUUUGAAAUGGAUGAAACAAAUUGUGGGUUCUCAAAGCUGUCAUAUAUGGACCUUUUUAAGCCUGUUUAUCAACAGUGGCAUCUUAAGAAACUCUUGGAUUUCGUAAAAGAGGGCUUUGUAUGUGGAACCGAUGAUCUUUCAAUAGGCAAUCAAACAUAUUCAUGGAACUACAGAUUGCUUGAUAUAGCUUAUUAUUAUUCGUGCAUGCUUCGACUAUUUUCAGCUUUGAAUCCUGUGCUCAAAUCUUUGCCUGUCCUCAAUAUGCUGUCAUUCACACCUGGAUUUCUUUUUAGUUUGUGGGAAGAACUUGAAAAAUCUCUCUUCCGGGGGAGAAAACAAAUUGCCAAUUCAACAUCAUUGUGUGCAAGUAGAGUGUCUGGAGAUAAAAAUGAAGGAGUUUCUGGCACGAGGCAAAAGGGAUUAAAUAAAGACGCAGGCAAUAAAUGGAUCAAUGUGUUGCAAAAGUUCACUGGAAAGUCACCUGCAGAGGAUGAUUACGUGGAUUCAGUCACCAGCCAAUCUAACUUAAAACAAAUUGAGGAGCCUCCUUCGGAUGAGUGGGACAUUGAGCCUCUAAGACGAGGACCUGAAGGCAUAUCAAAAGAUAUAUACCAUGUGCUCCUGCUCUUUUGUUCCAGCUAUUCACACCUGUUGUUGGUUCUAGAUGACAUAGAGUUCUAUGAUAAGCAGGUGCCAUUCAAAUUGGAGCAGCAGCGCAAAAUUGCGUCAGUAUUGAAUACAUUUGCAUAUAAUUCCGUAUCCCUUGGUAUUAGCUCGGAGUACAGAGCUCUUCUGGAUUCUGCAGUUCGAUGCCUGCAUUUGUUAUAUGAAAGGGAUUGUAGGCACCAAUUUUGUCAUCCUUCUUUGUGGCUUUCACCUGGUAAAAGUAACAGGAUGACGAUUGCUGUUGCUGCUAGGACUCAUGAAGUGUUUUCAGCGGCUGAUGGAGCAACCUCCUCAAGCAUGGGUUCCGUCAUUACUACUAUGCCACAUAUAUUUCCUUUUGAAGAAAGAGUCAGAAUGUUCAGAGAAUUUAUCAGCAUGGACAAAGUGUCAAGAAGAUUGGCUGGUGAAGGCACUGGACCUGGUUCACGAUCUAUCGAGAUAGUUAUUCGUCGGGAUCGUAUAUUUGAAGAUGGAAUGCAACAAUUAAAUUCACUUGGUUCAAAGUUGAAAUCUGCAAUCCAUGUUUCAUUUGUUAGUGAGUCGGGGCUUCCAGAGGCUGGCCUUGACUAUGGUGGGUUAUCCAAGGAGUUCUUGACUGACAUCUCAAAAGCAGCCUUUUCGCCAGAGUAUGGGCUUUUCUCCCAGACUUCAACUUCUGACAGGCUUCUAAUACCAAAUCCAACUGCAAGAUUUUUGGAUAAUGGAAUCCAGAUGGUUGAGUUUCUGGGAAGAAUUGUUGGUAAAGCUCUGUAUGAAGGAAUACUGCUUGAUUUUUAUUUUUCACAUGUUUUUGUGCAAAAGUUGUUGGGCCGCUAUAGCUAUGUGGAUGAACUCUUCACUCUUGAUCCUGAGCUUCACAGGAAUCUCAUGUAUGUAAAGCAUUAUGAUGGUGAUGUCAAGGAUCUUUGUUUAGAUUUCACAGUUACUGAAGAAUCACUUGGAAAACGACAUAUAAUUGAGCUCAAGCCGGGGGGCAAGGAUAUAUGUGUGACAAAUGAAAAUAGAUUGCAGUAUGUUUAUGCAAUGGCAGAUUAUAAACUUAACCAGCAGAUACUUCCUUUCUCGAAUGCAUUUUAUCGAGGGUUGACGGAUUUAAUAUCUCCUUCUUGGUUGAAGUUAUUCAAUUCAAGUGAAUUUAAUCAGUUACUUUCAGGCGGGGAUCAUGACAUUGAUGUUGACGAUUUGAGAAAAAACACGCAAUAUACAGGAGGUUACAGUGACGGGAGUCGAACCGUUAAACUAUUUUGGGAGGUAUUUGCAGGGCUUGAGCCUAGUGAGCGCUGUAUGCUUCUGAAGUUUGUAACCAGCUGUUCUCGAGCACCUCUGCUUGGGUUUAAACACCUUCAUCCGGCUUUUACUAUCCAUAAGGUGGUUUGUGAUGUUCCCCUUUGGGCUUCAUUUGGAGGACAUGAUGUGGAUAGGCUUCCAUCAGCUUCUACAUGUUAUAAUACAUUGAAGCUUCCAACAUACAAACGUGCCAGCACUCUAAAGGCAAAACUUCUGUAUGCCAUUAACUCUAAUGCCGGAUUCGAACUUUCUUAGUAGUUUGUGACAACGAAGUACUAGUGUGCGUAAGGAUCUUGCAAAUUUGUGUCAUUUUUAUUGGGAUUUUGGUGUAAUAUGUGCUAGCAAUCAAAGACCAUUGCUCUUAAAAUGUUUGGAAUAAAGUGACAGCAGCUGGUUAUCAUACCAUAGGUCCAGUUCUCUUUGCUCCCAGAUUGUAUAUACACAUUGCUGUGAGAAACUUUGUAAGUAAUCAAACGGACUUUUGCUGUAUACACAGAACUUUGUAAGUAAUAAACGGACUUUUGUGUUGUGUAACUUGGGAGCUGCAGCUGCUUCCGCACGUGUUUCAUCCUUGUUUUAUCUGUUAAUUGUAAAAAAAAAAAAA